AUGGAUGACUGUGACGCCUUCGGCUUUCAUCUAUCAAACAGUUCCUACGCCAAAAACCUCGACACAGCUCGAUUGGAUGCCUGGACAACUCUUAACUUUAGAUUAUUCAAGGAGGCUAAGAUUUGGACGCCUUUGGGUGCUUCAACCUACUACUUCAUCAAGGAGAUCCCAUUUGGAAAGAAGUAUGAAAUUAAGACAUCUAUUGGCGCCUACGAGAAUGACAAGUGGUACUACUUUUUAAGCAAAUUCGUUUCGAAGAAAUCAAAAAAGGCGGCUCAAAAAUCUUCCAACGGUAACCCCACUCACUUGGCUACUGCUGGCUCUCACGCUCUUUCACCGGAAGCUGCUUCAGGAACCUCGACUCCAUUGUCAACAUCAAAAGACGCCGCUCAAAACAACUUGAUUGCACAGGCCUACAAUGAGCUCGAAUCGGAUGAAGAACUCAAUUGCGUUGCUAUUACUCAGUACUGUUACAAGUGCGGAAGAAUGACUAUACCACCACCAAUAGCGUUAGGGUUAGCUGGAUUAGGAGAACAUGGAAAGAAGAAUCAUGCAAUUUUUGAAAAGUUAGUCAAGGAGCGCAAACUCAAAGAUUACGCCAAAAGUGGUUUCAAGGAUGGUGCAUUCGGUGAUAUCGAGUUGAACAUCAAUGAUUUGGAAGUUGUCAAUGCGCAACGCAUCGCACCUUACAAAGUGUUCAAUGAGUCUUUAUCUGCUUUCAAGUCUCACUAG